AUGGCCCCGUCUGAAAUUCAGGGAUUAGUGGGCGGCAAUUUUGUUCGCAUUGCACGAUGGGCUGGUGUUUUUUGUUGAUCUGUGGCAUCAAAAUGGCUGCUUGUGAGGGGUAAACAAGACCAUGCCACAAGUAGAUAAAGAUGGCUUUAUUCUUGUCAGGCACAAGAAUUCGCGUGGUCCGCCAGCAUCCCUUAUAACCAAGGGUGUGGCGCCACCAACUGACCUGAAGCCGGAUGUCAUUAAUGUCCCAGCUGUCAUCAAGAAAAUUGAGCGUCUGCGCGUGAGGCUCACCUCGUCCCGCUACCUGCCACGCUUCCUGGCCGCCGUCGACGACUGCCUGUCCGAGCAGCGCGCCGGCCAGAGCGCCGUCGCCGCGCCCAACAUCGUCUGCUACGGCUUGGGACACGUGGCCAGCGCGCCGGCGCCCCAGUACCAGCUGGCACUGCUGCUGGAGCUGCGCGCGCACCUGAGCGCACCGCGGGUCGAGGCGUACGACCCGGUCUUCUGGCCGGAGGAGGCGGCGCUGCUGAGCCGACUGGGAUUGCACGUGCUGGAACAGGACGAACAGUGCGGCCGCCGGCUGACGGAGCCCACCGUCCUCUACAUGCCCCACUGUGAGAACGUCCACUACAACAACCUGCUGCGCGCCAACUGGCAUCCGGACGUGCUGCCGCGCUGCCUGCUGAUCGGCAACAGCCUGGCCUCGAUCGCGCUCAAGCUGCCGCCCAGCCUGCUGCGCGAGUUCGCGUUCGUGGAGCGCGGCGCGGCGCACGCGGCCGAGCGCGGGGUCGGUGAGCGCAUCGACGAGCCUGAGUUGCUGGCGCCCUUCAACGACACGGCUGUGCACUGGUUCAGCGCGGCGCGGCUGCGCGCGCUGCCGGCCUACUUCUGGGACGAGGCGCCGACGCAGUACGAGCCGCCAGAGCCGCAAACCGACUCCUCCGACGAUGGCGGUCGCGCCAAGCCGCGCCGCCGCCGCCGCAAGAAGUCGCGCAACCACAACUGAGCCGCGUAGGUC